GAGAAAUGCGCGGCGCGCGCAGUCUGAUUCCUUCUGCACAAAGUGAUACUCGUUUUGACGCUUAUAGAACGCUAAUAAAAUCAGCUGUUUAACCUUUUUAUAAAUAACAAUGACAUAAAAAUAACGGAAUAUACAAAUUAGUCUUUGUAUUGUAAAUAAUUUUGAGCGUAUCGGUCGUUUUUGCGGUUACGAUCGUGUCAAGCUUUUUCAAGUUAACAAUAAAAGUCUAUAGUGUGUUUGACAACAAUAACAAUGCCAGCGGAAACUCAAAUAGAGCCGAGAGUGGUGCAUCGCAAAGUCACACCGGAAAUAUCACAACAUAUGCUGUCGGACAUAGAUAAGCUACCGGGUGUUCAAUUAGGAGAUUUUCUACUACAGUUCGAGCUAGAUGAACCCAAAGAAUCUGUGAAAGAGAUCGCCAAACGAGAACUGAGAGAGACGCCAGAUGUUGUCAAACCUGCAGUUGAAGAGUUGAGAAAGCUGCUAAAAGAAGAUAAAGAUUUACACGUACCGUUUGAUAAUGACGCUUGGCUCAUUAGAUUCUUGAGACCGUGCAAGUUCUACCCAGAAAGCGCUCAUGACUUGAUUAAACGUUAUUAUGGCUUCAAAUCGAAACAUCACAAGCACUACGAAGGCCUGGUGCCAAGCAAGGAGACCAACAUAUUCAACCAGAACAUAUUGACGGUACUACCGACGCGGGACCAGCACGGGCGGCGUAUUCUUGUUCUUGAACUUGGCAAGAAUUGGAAACACAAUCAAUGCUCUUUGGAUGAAGUGUUCAAGGGCUGUGUAUUGUUCCUGGAAGCGGCUAUGCUGGAACCGGAGACACAGAUUUGUGGUGCUGUGGUCGUUUUCGACAUGAACGGCCUUUCCAUGCAACAAGUCUGGCAGUUCACACCGCCAUUUGCCAUGAGAAUAGUCGACUGGCUGCAGGAAAGCAUACCACUUAGAGUAAAAGGCUUAUACAUAGUCAACCAGCCUUACAUUUUCAACAUGGUGUUCCAACUGUUCAAGCCUUUCCUCAAAGAAAAACUGCGUUCGCGCAUUAUUUUUAUGGGAAAUGACCGUGAGCUCCUCCACAAACACGUGACGCCCAAAUGCUUGCCUGAGUGUUAUGGUGGCACAUUGAGUAUACCAAGGGUCACGGGCUCGCAAUGGCUUGAACUGCUUCUGAUGUGUGAUAAAGAAUUUGAGGCAAUCAACAAAUAUGGAUACAAGAAAAUUAAAUGAUCGUGUACAAUCCAGAGUGUAAGGUGUGAUAGCUCGCUAAACAUAUCGUGAUAUAUUAAGAAACUGAGGAAAAUGUGUUUAUUUUUUAAUUUUAUUAUAGGUACAAAGUUAUUUUAGUAUAUAUAAUUUGCCGGAUGCAUAAAAUAAAUAGCAAAUUGUAUAUAGGGCAUGAAGAGAUGAUAAUUUAAAAUAUUACUAUUCUGCAAGUAUUUUUGUUGCAUAAUCAACCUUAUUUUAUUUAUCAUAACAUUGUUAUUGUUAAAUGCUCUUUGCAACCGACAAUUUAUGUAUUUAUUAUAUUAUAUUUCUAUUUUGCAUUCCAUUUUUCAUAUUAUCAAUAAUAGUACCAAUAAGAGUGUAUUCAUACAGAAUCUUUAUUUUCAACGUUAACUUAGAUGUUUUAGUCAAUAACAAUUUGCCAUUUUAUAUUGUAAUACCUCGAAGGAUUGAUUAACUUGUAUAGUUAGUGAUGUCCAAAGUACCUAUAUUUUAAUGCCUAUAAACAAAAUUGCUUAAAUUUCAACAAAACUGUUUCUUUUAUUAAAUCAGUUUAAAAUUUAUUCCACAAUUUAUUGUGUAAAUUAUCUUAAAAAAUAUUCUACAUGCAUGAUAUUCUUACUACUCCUACAUCCGCAGUCUUUAAACACAAUCUUUCCUAUUUAAGGCUGUGAUUUCAAUGAAGUCAGAAACAUUAUUUAUAUGAAUACUCAGAAAUCUAUUAUGCACAUGACAAUAAAAAGUUAAUUUAUAUAGAAGUGAUGUUGCCUAAUUCCUUAUUGUAGUAACAUAAGUUUUUGAAUUAAAAAAGAAAAUGUUAGCUGCAAGAUAAUAAAUCUCUAUAAAAAAAGACUAAAAAUACUACAAUGAAAACGAAAGUUGCAAUUAGACUUUCUUUGUAACUUAUAUUGCCGUAACUCACUUUUUAGAUUUAAAAAAAGAUGAUAGAAAGAUAAAUUUGUUUCUGGCAUUAUAUUAUUGAGUAAGGGUUUAUAUUUAUAUUGCCUCGCAAACGCUAAAUUGCCGUAAUGACUUUUUUUAAUUACUUUUUUUAUAGAAUCGUGGUUACUAGGUAGUGGUAUUAUUAUACGUAAAUUUUAAUACUAAUAGUUUACUAAAACAUUGAUUUUAUUUGAGAUAUAUUUACACCUUUUUAUUAUUUAAUAACAAAAUUGUAAUGCAAAAAAAAAACCAGCAAGCAAUUUCGUAUUGACUAAUAAAAAGUACUUACAUCUUAUUAAAGUUUCUAAAAUAUCGAAUCCAUUUAUCUCUACGCAUUAAGUUUAAUUCAGUUUUAUGAUAAUAAUUUACUUAUUUUUUCUCUUACGACGACUUAACGUUUGUAUAGCGGUAUAUUAUUAUCAUUAUAGGUAUAUAGUUAGAAUUAGAUUUGUGCUACGUAAUUUUAUUAUUCAUUUACCUACUUAUAAUUUGUUUUAAAUUUUGUUGCUAAUACAACAUUUAAUUUUUUACCAGUAACUAUUUUUUAUUUCUAUAGUCUCCCAAAAAUUACGUAGGUACAUAAUUAAAAUCUAUACACGAUCUAUAUCCUUAUAAUUUUUUUUAUUUGAUUUGCAAUAAGGAAGUUCAAUUUACUAGUGUCAUUACUCACUGGAUGUAGUAAUGAUCCAAAAUUAAUAUCUUUAGAGAUAAUUUUAAAAGUAAAUCAUGGACUGAAAUCCAAAGUUCAAAUAAUUGUGCAUGGUUUACAACAAUAAAACCAAAUGCGUAUCGUGUGCCUCUAUAUCCGCUUCUAUAAAUAAUUGCCAUAAAUUAAGAUCUAUAUCAUAUAAAAUAGGUAGGUAAAAACAACAUAUUUGUGUACAGGGAUCUAAUGAUAGUUGUUUUAUUAAUAUUAGGUAAUACUUUUGUUAUAAGUCGUACAUAGUCAAAACUCUUUUAAUAGAAUAAUUUCACAAAGUAAAUUGUAAAACGUUUUAUAAUAUGUAAACUUAUAAAUUGGUAUUUGUAUAGGUGCAUUGAUUAUUUUAUUAAUAAAAAUGUCACUGAAAUAUU